AAGUAUUGUUGAUUGACCAGAAAGGAAUAAUUUAAGUAUUGUUGAUUGACCAGAAAGGAAUAACUUAAACGUUACGUUGGAAUAUAAAAGCAUUGCACUUUUCCUCGAUUUUAUAACAAUAAGUCGGCAUGGGUGGCAACGGGGAGCAGGUGGAGGUUGACCGGAUAUGGACGAGCCUUGGACCGUGGGGCCGCUACCAGAUCAAACAGUACAUCUCAUAUUGUCUCAUCUGUAUCUCCUGGGUCAUACACCAACUCACCAUUGUCUUUAUAGGUUACCGACCCAAUUUUCACUGCAAGGCGGGCCUGAACGACUCGCUGAUAGCGAACAAGACGGGAGCCAUCUUCGAAUAUGGGGAAUGCAAGGUAGAAAGAUACGAAAACACGAGUACUGGGAUGGUGAAAACCACGUCAGAAUGCCAGCACGGUUGGACGUAUGACAUACCAACCGACCAAUCCUUUGUCUCUGAGUGGGAUUUCGUAUGCGAGAAGGAGGAACUUGCGGAGAUGACUCAGCUACUACUCUUCGUCGGAAUGAUUAUUGGCACGUGCUUUUUCCCACAAUACCGUUUCGGCCGAAAGCCGGUAAUGGUAUUUAGUCAUAUAUGUCUGUUUGCAAUCGUUCUGGCGACGUCGUUCAGCCCCAACUACACGACAUUCGUCGUCCUACGCAUUCUUACCGGCGCCGUCACUCAGGGGGCGCUGUCGGGAACGACGUUGGCAUCGGAGACGUUUCCCAAGGAAUGCCGUCACCUGACGGAAGUGUUUGCACUGGUCGUAUGGACAAGCAGCAUCUGCAUAAUGUCUCCAAUUGCGUACGCGCUACGUAAUGUAUCGUGGCGCUACCUCCAGAUUACGUUCGCCCUGAUGAGCGCAUGGUCACUGUUACAGUGGUGGUUUCUUGACGAGUCCUUGCGGUGGCUUAUUGCCAACGGGAAGAUGGACCAGGCGCGUAAGAUCAUCAGGAAGGCGUGCAGGUACAACCGGAAGGAUUACCAUACAGUUCUAAAGGAUUCUGGACUGGACGAAGGCGGGGAUGAGCACGUGCGACUUAGCAAAGAUGGUGGCGCCCUGCAACUGGAUGCCAUAGCCGCUCCCACUCCGAUACCGGACGUGUUCGUGGAAAAAUACACUAUCUGUGAUAUGUUCAAGAACAAGAUGAUCCGAAAUGUCUCUUUUAUUAUAUGGUACACAUGGAUUGUUGACAGUCUGGUGUAUUACGGUCUUUACAUGAUAUCGUCAGAUUUGUACGGUGAUCGCUACAUCAACUUUUUCCUCAGCGCCCUCAUCGAGUACCCCGCCAGCGUGUUCGAGUACUUCGCACUAGUCAAAAUCGGACGGAAGUGGACAUGUGUGAUCUGCCAUAGCGUUGCCGCCAUUGCCCUCAUCGUUGCCACCGCCUUCCGAUACAGCGCAGGUGCAGAUAUUACAUCAGGCAUCGCUGUAUUCGGUGCAAAGGCAAAGGAGGACCUUGGUAUCAUGGAGAAGUAUGGAUGGUCCUACUGGAUGGCCGUAGGUGCUAAUGUCGGCGCAGCGGUGACCGCUUUAACCUACGGUUGCAUGGGAUGGAGUGGAGAUUAA